AUGAAAGUUGCUAGAAAGUAUAUUCCCAAACAUGAUGUAGAAAAUUAUAAGCAGCAGACUCUUGUCCAACAGUUUGUAGGAGAAAAUUACCUCGCCCACAAUGCAAUAGAGGAUGUGGAUUCCUUAAAAACAUUAUAUGACAAUAAACUUGCUUUACUAGUGAAAUCUGAUGAUGUGUUUGCCAUUUCAUACCACAAUUGUAUGGACUCCUACUCUGGCUUACUAAGUAGUAAAAUUGUUUCAAGGCCAGUUUGCAUGCAACUAGCAAAAGAUGGAAUAUCGUUGAAACACCUCAAACUGGCAUCUGUACGAGAUGUAAAUGGAUUGAAAUUUGUCUUGCAGGACCAUAAGAUACCACCGAAAAGUGUGAAAUGCAUUCAGGAUUACUUUCAGACAGAGGAAUGA